GUGGUUCCGUUAUGAGGUCACGGUGAGGGACUGAACGCUCAGCAGCGAGCGCAAGUGGUAGACCUGAGACGGACGCGAUAGCUGGAAACAUUUAUUCACACAGCUGAAUCAAUCUCUGCUGGCAACAAAAAAAUAACAGGACCGCGUUUCCUUCGACAGGGAACUACUGAAAAACAUCGCGCGUUGGCUUUAUAGGCGCAGGACAGGCUUGCAUACGAAAUACUCCAAGUAAGAGGCGCGUGAGGAAAGUUUUCCUACGCGAAAACAAACUGGAAGGAACAGUGCAGAAAUCGUGACGCAUAAGCCAUGCACAGGUUGUACAGCGUGGGAUAGUUCAUCAGGUGCCGUUCGUUUGAAGGGGAUGCCUUUUUGGUGGCUUUCUUCAACAAAAGUUUGACGCCAGGAACGCCGUAUUAUUCUGUCCGACAAGUAAACGCGUCUUUCUGAACGGAGCGUUUCUCGCGCUCGUCCAGAGUCGCCGUUUUCUUCUGUUAUUUGUCGGUUUGGCUGGAGGAGCCGUUCCUCAUCGUGUAGUUUUUGGGGGACAGGGGUGGGUUGGAUAUCUAUAUUUUUCACUUUUCCUUCAUGGCCUCGUCCAGGAUGUAUCUUCUUAUGAAAUGCAUGCUGAUUUCCCAACUUGUGGUGCUGAUCGCGAAGAACAGUCGGGCGCUCAUUUGUUUGCCCUGUGAUAAGUCCAAAUGCGAGGAGCCCAAGCACUGCACGGGCUCCGUGGUGUUGGGGAUCUGCGGCUGCUGCUCGGUUUGUGCCAAGCAGAAGAACGAGAGAUGCGGCGGCGUUUACGGUCUGUACGGGACCUGCGACCGCGGACUCCGGUGCGUGAUCAGACCCCCGUUAAACGGCGGCUCCAUCACGCAGUACGAGGUUGGAGUUUGUGAAGAUGAAAACUGGGAUGACGACCAGCUCUUGGGCUUUGAGCCAUGCAAUGAAAACCUGGUUACGGGCUGUAACAUCAUUGAUGGGAAGUGUGAAUGUGAUAGUGUAAGAACAUGCAACAACCCAUUUGAGUUCGCUAGCCAGGAAGCCUGUCAGACAGCCCUGCAGAAGAUUGAAGAGGAAAGGCCGGAUUGCUCCAAGGCAAGAUGUGAGGUGCAGUUUUCUCCACGCUGCCCUGAGGACUCCAUAUUGAUCGAGGGCUAUGCUCCACCAGGUGAAUGUUGCCCCCUGCCCAGCCGCUGCGUGUGUAGCCCAGCCGGGUGUCUGAGGAAAGUUUGCCAGCCUGGGCACCUCAACAUCCUGGUAUCCAAGAGCUCAGGCAAACCUGGCGAGUGCUGUGAUCUCUACGAAUGCAAACCAGUGUUCAGUGUAGACUGCAGCACAGUAGAGUGUCCACCGGUGAAGCCUGUCCAGUGUCCAGCAGACAGCUAUGAGACACAGGUCAGACUGACAGCAGAUGGCUGCUGCACCCUUCCUACCAGAUGUGAGUGUUUGCCUGGCCUCUGCACCUUCCCACAGUGCUCAGCGGGGACAUCCCCACAGGUCGUGUCCCGUGGCGAUGGAACACCUGGGAGGUGUUGCGAUGUGUUUGAGUGCAUCAACGAGACAAAGCAGGCCUGCACUUUCAACGGAGUGGAGUACCAUGAUGGGGACAUGUUCAGGAUGGAUGCCUGCCGCUUCUGCCGCUGUCAGGGUGGGGUAUCCGUGUGCUUUACGGCCCAGUGCGGCGUCCUCCACUGCGAACGCUACUACGUCCCUGACGGAGAGUGUUGUCCUGUCUGUGAAGACCCCAUCUACCCUGUGCUCAAUUUAGCCGGCUGCUAUGUGAAUGGGCAGAUCCUGGCUCACGGAGACCAUUGGCGUGAGGACGACUGUACCUUCUGCCAGUGUGUGAGUGGAGAGGCCCACUGUGUGGCAGCUGCCUGUGGCCACAGCUGUCUCAAUCCUGUCACUGUGCCCGGAGAGUGCUGCCCUGUGUGUGAAGAACCCACCUACAUCACGAUGGCGCCCCCUGCCUGCGGCUCUCUGGACAACUGCACACUGGGGGACAAGAGCUGUCCGUUCGGCUUCCGACUGGACUCCAGCGGCUGUAGGACAUGCAGCUGCAAGACACGGGAGGAGUUGUGCAGUGGUCUAAUUGCCAGCUGCACUCUGAAAUGCCCUUUUGGUUUCCAGACUGACAUCCACGGCUGUGAUGUUUGCCAGUGUCGCCCACGUCACAGGAAGUGCAAGCCUGUGGCCUGUGCCAAGGACUGCCCCUUCGGCUACAUUAAGAACAAGCAUGGCUGUGACACCUGCCGUUGUAAGAAAUGCCCUGAACUGCCAUGUGACAAGUCAUGUCCAAUGGGCUUCCAGCACGAUGAGUUGGGCUGUCUGAUUUGCCAGUGUAGAGAUCAGAGUUUGACGUCUGUGGCUCCAGCAGUGAAACUGGGCUCCUGCUUGUCUAUGGAUGGUCGCAGGCACGAGAAUGGGCAGAGCUGGCAUGACGGAUGCAGAGACUGUUACUGCCAUACUGGGAGAGAAAUGUGUGCCCUUAUUUCUUGCCCAGUUCCCCCCUGUGAUAACCCCACCAUCCGAACUGGCCACUGCUGCCCCACCUGUCCAGAUGAGUCCAUUUCCCAUAAGCCGGAGCUGAACGAGGCUUCCGUGUGUUUGGCUCCAGGUGGAGAGUACUUUGUGGAGGGAGAAACGUGGAACAUUGACUCCUGCACUCAGUGCACCUGCCACAGCGGCCGUGUGCUCUGUGAGACGGAGGUGUGCCCACCCCUGCUCUGCCACAGUCCAAUCAGAACGCAGGAUUCCUGCUGCCCUCACUGUCCAGAUGAUCCAGUCACCCCUCAGAUGCCCAGUAACGACAGCAUGCCCAGCUAUUGCAGGAAUGAGGAUGGUGAUAUCUUCUUGGCCGCUGAGUCCUGGAAGCCCAAUGUCUGCUCCAGCUGCGUGUGUCUAGACGGAGCUAUCAGCUGCUUCUCUGAGUCCUGCCCCCCAGUCAACUGCGCACGACCCGUGCUCAGGAAGGGCCAGUGUUGCCCAUACUGUCUAGAUGCCACACCAAGGGCCGUGUGUCAUUUCAACGGGAAGACAUACAUGGACGAGGAACGAUGGGACAUUGACAGCUGCACUCACUGCUACUGCCUGCAAGGCCAGACCCUCUGCUCGACUGUCAGCUGUCCUGUCUUACCCUGCCAUCAGCCGGUCACUGUGGAGGGCAGCUGCUGCCCUAUGUGUCCAGAGAGUUACGCUCCCACAAAUGUGCCCAUAGAGAAGACAGACCAACGAGGAGACAAGCAGAGACAUCAACCAGCCUGGCCAACUCAUAGCGAAAACGAUAUUAUGCCACAGUUCAGAGGUGACUUUGGAAGUCUGCAGAUGCCCUACCUAGAUGGCAAGGCACGUUUGCCCAGUGAGGAUGCUGGUCUGCACUGGGCUUGGGUGGCACUGCCCAUCCUUAUGAUGAUGCUCACUAUCGCCGCCCUGCUGUUGGUCAACCAGCGUAAGCAGUGGAUCCCUGUGCCUUGCUACCGCACACCCAAUAAGCCCACCUGUCUCAAUAACCAGCUGGUGUAUGUGGACUGCCAGAAGGGAACAAAGGUCCAGGUGGACAGUUCCCAACGCAUGCUCCGCAUUGCAGAUCCUGACUCGAGAUACAGCGGUCACUACAGCAUGCAGAAACACAACAACCUGCAAGCUGACAACUUCUACCAGACCGCGUGAGACACAGGAGAGAGAGAGAGAGUGAGUGAACGAGAAAGAGAGAGACUGAGCCUGUGUUCGGCUGCCAAACCUUUGCGGCACAUGGACAUCUACUAAAAAACUGUUGAGACGGACAAAACCACCCAAACCAAGUGGUCAGAGAAGAGACCCUGAUACUGAAUAACAAUUAUAAUAUUCACAUAAGUCACUCCAAGCAAAUCGAAAACAUAUUUCACACGUUGACACCCGAAAGUCUCACCAGGAGAUGGAAGCAGCACCUAUGUAACUGAAACAUUAUGGAGUGUGAUUGUUAAAUUGGACAGGACUCUUCCGGAAUGCUUUUGUGAAUCAGAGGUAUGGUAGGUUGAGCAUCUUUUGUGAGUAAGCGUGAGUUUUCGUGGAUGUUCAGGCACAAGUUGAAGGUAGUCGUGAAGUCUAAUGAACGUUUUUGGGAUUAGGACAACUGGGGUGUAUUUUGUUUGUUUGUUUGUUUGUUUGUUUGUUUGUUUUCAACCAUAUUUUUCCUGCAUUCCUAACUUUUUCUGUUGGAAAAGAGAGAAAUUCUUUUAGGAGUGAUAACUUUGACACAAGUGCUUGUGUGAACACUUAACACUGAACCAAAGCUUCUCUGUCUAUGAAACCUGAUAUGCCCAGAUCGGGCGAGAGGCCGAGAAGGGACGUUCACUUCCCUGAGACAGAGGAGGCGCUGGACUGUGUACGGAGCACAGCAGAGAGAUGAGUAGAGGGAAAAAAAGAGGGAAAAUCAGAUGAAAGAAAUUCUGUUGUUGGAACAUAUGCAUUUUUGUAGAAGAUGCUACUGUAAGAUUGCUAUUUCCCCAGUGUUGUGGGUGAGUUUGGCCAUUUUUUUUUCUCUGUUAAAGACAAAAGGAGGAAAAGCAGAGUAAACUGCUCUGUGGACAUGAGUUCUUCCUGUUAA